AUGAACCAGAGAAACGCAACAGGUUUCAUCGCUCGAGCGGUGCGGGAUGUCACCGAAGUGGCGGGAGUGUGCGAAGUCGUGGGCAACGUGACCGCGGAGAACAACACCCUGGCUACGGUGGUCUUCGAGCCGGCCCUCUGCGGUCUGUACGGGGCCGUGCCGUCCGUGGCGCCGCUACUUAUUCUGGUCAUGGUCUGCUUCCUACUCCUCACGCUGUUCGGUAACAGUUGCCUAGUGGGAGUCAUCUUGAGUACAGAUCACAUGAAGGAACCAGGUAACUACUUCCUCGCCGCCAUGGCCAUCACCGACACGGCACUAGCCAUGGCCUACCACCCCAUCGCCAUCUCCAGCUUAGCACACGGCAGCUAUCCGGCUGGACCGUGGUGCAGGCUGCAAGCCUUCUUCAUCAUUUUCCUGUCUAUCCUCUCCAUUCACUCGCUCCUCUGUGUGUGGAUCUGCCGUUACAUCCACAUCGCUUUCCCACUGCGCUACAAGAAGGUCCUGACCCGUGAGCGGAUGACGUUCGCCAUGUGCCUGUGCGUCGUGAUAGCGGUGACACCGGCGGCCAUCGGAGUGUCCCCCGUCCGUCUCUUCACUGCUGUGGCUGCCGAGGAGGUCCUCAGAGGCCUGGAGAAACCGCAAACCCUGAUCACACCGUGCUUAGCCGGUCCGGAGGGUAUAACACUAGCCGUGAUCAUCAACCUCCUGGCCAUGGUGGGCAUCGUUUGCCUGGUCGUCCUCAUCUACUACGAGACCAGGCGGAGCCAGAAGAAACACAACCAGAAGAUGACGUGGAACGCGCAGGCUGAAGAUCGGGAAUCAAAGAUCCAGGCAGUCAACACGCUGCUCAUUGUCGUGUUGGUGAACUGGAUCACAUGGCUGCCAGCGUUCGUCGUCAGUGUCUCGAUGAAGGCCGGUUCGAUAUCCCUCGCUAACGCCGCCCCGUGGUGCGACGUCACCACCAUCCUGCUGCAAAGUGCGACGUUCUCCGACUCCCUGGUCUACGCGUUCCGCUACCAGAUCUACCGCCGUGCGCUCAAGAAAAUCAAUCGGCAGUCUAAGUUAUUUUGUACGUAG